AUGUUUCCUAACAUCUUUUGUAUCAACUACCUGUCUCUCACUCUCUUCUAUUGUCUGUCUUUUUUCACCCUCUCCUCUUUCCUAGUGUCAUGUCUCGACAGCCUGUUCUGUCGAGUCAAGCUUUUUAGCUUGUGCAUUCUGAUCUUUAGUCAUGAAGAAUCACUUGGUAUCGACCAACCCACUUGCUUCGACAUGACCCACAACUUUCCUGUAUCAAAUAUUUCUACCGUUUCCUCCUUUUUUUUGUUCCCUUUGUGCAAACUUCAUACUGCUGAACACUCACCUACUACAUCUGGAUUUCUUAUCCAGCCUCACUCUUUGACUGACUAUAUUUCUUUCCUUGCCCUUUCCACAUCUUUUGGCUUAGCAUACAUUGUCUGGUUGUUUGGCAUCGUUGGGCCUCUGUUUGAUUGUAUACAUGGACGGGAGCAGCGACUUGUGCGCGUGAGCAGGUUCGAGCGACUUAAUUCUGUUGGUGUUUCCCCGCUGAUGUUCUGCUUUUUUCUUUUUUUCAAACGCAUUCCUCUUAUCUCAUUGAGCUCGUCUUUCCUUUAG